AUGACAAGUAAGGCUGAUGUAGAAGGAUUGCAGUCUGAUGUGACAUCAUUACGAUCUUCAAACCAAGAUUUAGUGACACGAGUCACCAAUUUAGAGAAUGGUAGUGGAGGAGGAGGGACAAGCCCUGACAUUGAGAGGCGGGUAUCAGAUUUGGAAGAAAAUUACAAUAUUUUAACCGUCAAUGAAUGCUCAAGCAAUCCAUGCAGAAAUGGUGGUACGUGUAUCGAUAUGUAUGACAAGUUCAUGUGCCUGUGUACAUCUGCAUGGCAGGGUAAUUUGUGUGAACAAGAUUUCAAUGAAUGCAGUGUUAUUGUUGGAACUGUCAAUGAUUGUCAGAAUGGAGGCUCAUGUGUGAACACACAAGGUGGAUAUAGAUGUGACUGUACUGCAGACUUCUAUGGAUCUCUUUGUACUAUGCAGUAUGAUGACUGUGCUUCUAAUACUGUAGCUAAUGUCUGUGAUCAUGGAUAUUGUGUCAACCUCCCAAGAAUACAGACAGGCGUAGCUCGCUUUGACUGUAUAUGUUCAGAUGGCUGGGAUAAGGUCAGUGCAUCUAAUCCAGCUUGUAGCGCUGAUAUUGAUGAGUGUUCGGCAGCUAAAUAUCCUUGUUCUUCCAACCCUCGAGUCAGCUGUACCAAUGUGGAUGGAACUUACUACUGUGGAAACUGCCCUUCAGGUUAUGAUGGUAAUGGUCACCAGUGUACAGAUAUCAAUGAAUGCCUUACUAAUAACGGUGGAUGCUCUCAGUUGGUAACAUGUACAAACACUGAUGGAUCAAGAUCAUGUGGACCUUGCCCAGCAGGUUAUAUUGGAGAUGGUGUAACAUGUACGUAUGUGGGUAUCUGCAAUGUUAAUAAUGGUGGAUGUGACCCAAUAGCAACCUGUCAAGAAAAUUCAGGUGUUUCCGAUGGUCGGACUUGUACCUGUCCCAGUGGGUACACUGGUUCAGGUAUUGGUAAUGGGGGCUGCAGUGCAUCAGGUACCUCCUGCAAUGACAAUCCCUGUGUUCAUGGACGCUGUGAGUACACAGGUACUGGAUACAUAUGUAUCUGUGAUCCUGGAUGGACGGGUACAAACUGUGAUGUGAAUAUUAAUGAUUGCUCAACUAAUCCUUGUCAGAAUGGAGGAACAUGUACAGAUGAUGUCAAUGGAUUUGUCUGCCAAUGUCCAACUGGAUGGACUGGAGAUACCUGUACAGAUACAAGCGUUGCAUGCGGAGCUUACCUCACUGGUCUUUCUGGUUCCUUUGAAUUUCCUGGAGAAGGGCAGGCAUACCCUCAUGGAGUUAGCUGUGCCUGGGUUAUCGAUACUAAUGAUGACAAGGUUAUCAGUCUCUUCUUUGAGCGAUUUGACAUUGAAGAACAUCCAGAUUGUAAUUAUGAUUUUCUCCAAAUCAAUGAUGGGUCAUCUGCAGCGGCUAAUCCCAUUGGAAAGUACUGUGGUUCAAAUGCUCCUGCUAAUAUUACAUCUACUCAUGAUACACUGUAUAUCUGGUUCUUUAGUGAUAUCAGUGUCAACGGUGGAGGCUUUAAAAUACUAUGGAAUGCCAGAGAUCCAGUAUGUGGUGGUCAAUUGAUUGGUGAUAACCAUGGCAACCUACAAUCACCAGGCUAUCCCGGUGACUACCCUGUCAAUCGUGACUGUGUCUGGACUAUCACUGUGGAUGCAGGCCGUUAUAUCACCAUUGCAUUUGGUGAUCUUCAUUUAGAGUCCCAUCCUUCAUGUGACUAUGAUUAUCUCAAGAUCAUUGAUGGAUUGAAUGAAGCUGAUCCAUUGCUAGGGACAUAUUGCAGCAGUCAAACACCACCACCUGUUGAUACGACAGGACCAUAUGCUUUCAUCCGUUUCCAUAGCGAUGCAUCAGAAACAGAUACUGGCUUCCAGCUCACAUAUACAUCUAGUCAAAUUGAUGCUGGUUGUGGAGGUGCCUUAACUGCUGAUAGUGGUAUCAUUAUCUCUCCUAACUACCCUAACCCUUAUAAUCACAACCAACAAUGUAUCUGGACUAUACAAGUACCAUCAACAGAAGUCAUUACACUGACUAUAACUGAUCUACUCAUUGAGGAGUCAACUAACUGUGUUUAUGACUAUGUAGAGAUUCGUGAUGGUUUCAAUGAGAACUCUCCCUUCAUUGGACGUUAUUGUCGUUCUGCUGAUAUUCCUGGGCCGAUCACAUCAUCUUCAAACACAAUGUGGAUCCUCUUCCAAUCAGAUGCAUCUAUCAAUGCUGGUGGUUUUAGGGCUACCUAUGAAGUUGCUUGUGGGGGUCUAUACACUGAAUCUCCUGGAACCAUUCUGUCUCCAUACUUCCCUAAUACUUACCCACAUGACAAGUCAUGUGAGUAUGUGAUCACAGCUGCGGAUGGCCAAGUUGUUACUCUCACCUUUACUUUCUUUGAUAUUGAAGGUCAUGAUAGCUGCUUGUAUGAUUACAUUGAGGUACGUGAUGGUGCCUCUGAUAGUGCUACUCUGAUCUCCACUCUAUGUGGUAAUCAGAUACCAGCUCCUAUUACUACCACUGGAAGCAGUAUGUAUCUCAAGUUCUCAACCGAUGGAUCUGUUGCUAACUUUGGAUUCAGUGCUGACUAUGAGUUCUCAGGCAACGAUGGAUGUGGUGGAACCUUCACGGAUAAUACUGGAAUGUUUAGCUCUCCCUCUGAUGGUAGUGUCUACCCCCAUGGUGCUAAUUGCAACUACAACAUUAUCGUAGAUCCUGGAUUGAUAAUAGAGCUGACUUUUAAUGUAUUCAACCUGGAGAGCCAUUCUAGCUGUGCCUAUGACUAUGUAGAGAUCUAUGACAAUGUCACCCCAAAUGUGACACUACUUGGAAGGUAUUGUGGUGCCACACCCCCUCCUGUCAUGAUGUCUUCCAGCAAUCAGAUGACUGUUCUCUUUGUAUCUGAUUCAUCAGUGGCUUUUGAAGGCUUCACUGCCUCCUAUGUAGCAGUUAAUACAUCAACAUAUUGUGGUGGAACCUUAUCUGGUGAUACUGGAGUCUUUUCAAGUCCCAACUACCCCAACAAUUACCCUAACAAUAGAGACUGUGUGUGGACCAUCAAUGCUCCAGUUGGAAAUCAAGUUUCUAUCAACUUUACAGACUUUAACUUAGAGGCUCAUUCUAGUUGUGUGUAUGAUUAUGUCACUAUCAGGAAUGGUGGUUAUGAAAGUUCACCAUUAGUUGGUACCUACUGUGGUUCAUCUAUUAAUCCUACAACAUUCAUAUCUCAUAGUCAUCAAAUGAGAAUCAAUUUCCACUCUGAUGCCUCAGUCACUGCCACAGGAUUUUCUGCAUCCUUUGAUUCUACAGCAACAGGAUGUGGAGGAACCUUAACGUCACCUACAGGUAGUUUUACAUCACCAAGCUACCCAUAUGCAUAUAACCAUGAUGCUUUCUGUGUAUGGACAAUGUCAGUAGCCCAAGGGUCACAAAUCAUUCUCACCUUCUCAGACUUUGAUGUUGAAGAUCACUCCUCCUGUGUUUUUGAUUAUGUCAAGGUCCUUGAUGGUUUAGAUACUUCAAGUCCAAUUCUUGGGACAUUCUGUGGAAGUACAAUCCCAGAACCUAUUCAUUCUACAGGCAAUGGUAUGCGUGUUGAAUGGCAAUCAGACUACUCUGUCAGUGGAAGAGGAUUCUCAGCUACUUAUCAAGAAGAUUGCACUGAUGUUGUAUUAACAGCUGUUUCUGGAUACAUUGAAUCUCCUAACUACCCUGACCCAUACCCUCAUAGCCGAGACUGCUCUUGGAUUAUCCAGUCUACUGUUGGAAACACAAUCAAUUUUACAUUCACUGAUCUCAACAUUGAAUCACAUAGCACAUGUGCUUAUGACUAUGUCAGGCUUGUAGAUGGGCAGGUAGCCACUGAUAAUGAGCUUAUUAGGUUAUGUGGUAGUACACCUGUACCACCAGGUACUACAUACCAAUCUACACAGCAAUACUUGAGAGUAGAAUUUCAUUCCGAUGCCAGUGUGGCGACUGCUGGAUUCCAGGGAUACUAUGAGAUUGAUGGUUGUGGUGACCAGUUAACAGGGAACAGUGGUACAUUGUCUAGCCCUAACUACCCUGAUCCUUAUGACCAUACCCGUACCUGUGAAUGGACAAUUACUGUGGAUCCAGGAAGCUCUAUCACUCUCACAGUUGACAACAUUGAUGUAGAGAAUAGUGUUGAUUGUACCUUUGAUUCUCUGGAGAUCUAUUCUGGAAGUGAUAGUAGUGGGUUCUUAUUGAAGCAGCUAUGUGAAACAAGUAGUGACCCUCAAGCUGUCUCAUCGGUUGGUAAUGAGAUGUUUGUUAGGUUCAGGACUGAUUCUUCUGUUAACGGAGGAGGAUUCCAUGCAUCAUAUCAAGCUAAUCCCGGAGGAUGUGGUGGUAACUAUACCUCAGCUAGUGGGUCACUUCACUCACCUACCGCCCCUGGCAGUAUUUAUUACCCACACUACACUGAUUGCUCAUGGACCAUCACUGUUGAUGAGGAUCAUAGAGUCGCUUUCACUUUCUUGACCUUUGACCUUGAGGGUGCUACAGACUGUGUCUUUGAUUACGUGGAGCUCCAUGAUGGAAUAAGCCACUCCUCACCUGUGCUGGCUAAAGUAUGUGGUAAUGCACUCCCAGAUCCAGCUACCUACUAUUCUACUGACAACAAGAUGUACAUCCAUAUGUAUAGUGAUGGGAGCGUGUCCCAUACUGGUUUUACAGCAUCAUAUGAGACGGCUUGUGGAGGCAGAAGGGAUGCUAGUAUAGACGGCUACAUACAGACAUCUAACUAUCCCUACAAUUACCUUAAUAAUCAGAACUGUUCAUGGAUUAUAGAAACAGAUGAUCCACUGGAUCGUAUAACCCUUAUCUUCACCCAUAUGGAUUUGGAAGCGAAUGGUGAAACAGAUUGUCAUGAUUAUGUAACGGUUCGUCAAGGUAACAGUGAUACAUCACCAGAGGUUGGUACAUACUGUGGUUCAUCCAUCCCUAUCCCCAUCACCUCCACCGGUCCAUCUCUCUUCGUUUCCUUCUCAAGUGAUACAAGCAUCACACUAACUGGCUUCAGAGCUACUUAUUCAACUUCAGAAUCAGCAUGUGGUGGAACAUACACUGCUCAGUCUGGUUCUAUUGUAAGCCCUUCAUAUCCAGCUAACUACCCUCAAGAUACAGAAUGUAUAUGGAUCUUUACUGCAUCAGCUGGAAACAGAGUACAGCUUUCAUUCAGUAUCUUCAACCUUGAGCCAGUAUGUAGUCAGGACUAUGUAGAGCUUCGUCAGGAUGGUGCUAAUGGUGCUUUGAUUGGUCGUUACUGUGGUAACACUAUACCUAGUAAUGUUACUGCUGUCGGUAGUCUAUGGAUGAAGUUCCGUUCAGAUUCUCAGUCUUCUGGUGCAGGAUUCCUUGCUUCCUAUGCAAUGCAAUUUGGUGGUGAUUUGAGUGGAAUGAGUGGGACUAUAGAAUCUCCUCUGUAUCCAUCCAGCUACCCUCACUAUGCCAGUACAAUGUGGACAGUUACUGUACCAGCAGGGGAACUCAUCCUAUUCUCUUAUACUGUUAUGGAUAUUGAAAAUGACCCUGCCUGUUCAUAUGACUAUGUCAAGAUUAGAGACGGUUUGUACGAGUAUUCACCAGUGUUGCAAACAGCAUGUGGUACUGAAAUCCCCAGCGCAGUCCAGACUACAGGGAAUACAGGCUCUGUGCAAUUCUCCAGUGACUUCUCUAUUGCAGGCGCUGGUUUCCAGCUUAAUUGGCUUGCUGUAUCUGGUAGUAACACCAUUGCACCUGGGACUGCAGAACCUGGUAGUUGUGGAGGAAGUUUGACAGCUACUAGUACUGAGCAGAACUUCACCUCUCUUGGUUACCCUAAUAAUUACCUUGACAACCAGAACUGUGUGUGGCUCAUUACAGCAUCUGAUGGAGGAACCAUCUUUCUCAAUUUUACAUCAUUCCUCUUGGAAGAUGGUGGAGUAGACUGUGUCUUUGACUAUGUCAGAAUCUAUGAUGGAGCAACCAAUAGUGAUACCCAAUUAGGUCAGUUCUGUGGAUCGUUGGCAUCACCAGUUUACUCUACAGGAAGCACCAUGAGAGUCGAGUUCUCAUCAGAUAUAUCUGUAACAUCAUCAGGAUUUGUAGCUGUCUACAAGUCAGGAUGUGGAGGUGAUUUUACAUCAAUGAGUGGAACUGUAACAAGUCCGGGUUACCCUGCCAACUAUGCGUCCAACCUGGAUUGUACUUAUGAUAUUCAGACUAUCUCUGGAGCAACAAUACAACUUAACUUCCAAGAAUUGGAUGUUGAAUCUUCAAGCAACUGUGGAAAGGAUCAGCUAUAUUUGUACAAUGGAGGUUCAGAGACCUCUCCAGCCCUAGGAACAAGUCCUUACUGUGGAACUACUGAGCCUACUGGUUUGGAGACCUCUAGUAACAUGUUGAGGGUACGCUUGGUCACAGAUGACUCGGGCAAUGGACGUGGAUUCAGCUUCAGUUAUGUGACUGUUACAGCAGGUUGUGGUGGACAUCGUACUCUAACCAGUGCUAGUGAUACAGGAUUCAUCUCAUCAACUAAUUGGCCUAAUAACUAUGUUGAGAAUACAGAAUGUAUCUGGAUCAUCUCUGGACCUCAAACACAUCUCAUUAAUGGAGUCUUUGACAGUAACUUCUAUAUUGAGUCUCAUUCAAGUUGCCAAUUUGACUAUGUUGAGAUCCGUGAUGGUGGUUCAGCUAAUGCUCCUCUUGUUGGUCAGUACUGUGGUAAUAUAGCUCCUAAUCCAGUCACAACAACAGGAAAUGCCAUGUAUGUUCGCUUCUCAACAGACUUUAGUGUUACUCAUGCUGGAUUCAAGAUGACAUAUAGCACAGCUGUUUGUGGAGGUAGCUACUCGGGUACAAGUGGAUCGUUCAACUCACCUAACUAUCCUAAUAACUAUGAUUCAUCUUCAAACUGUGAAUGGUACAUCACUGGUCCGGUUGGUUAUUAUGUAACCAUCUCCUUCUCGGCUUUUAAUGUAAUUGGGUCUGGAGAUUGUUCUACAGGAGAUUAUAUCAGGAUACAUGAUGGACGCAAUGGUUCAGCUCCAGUGCUAGCUACCUAUUGUGGCAGUAACAUCCCUGCUUCCAUUGAUUCAUCUGAUGCUUAUGUCUAUGUGGUCUUUGCCUCUAACUCUGAUUCUAAUACUGGAUCUGGCUUUUCUCUUCAAUUCACUGCUGGCCAAGAAGAAUGUGGAGGAGACUUGGUAUCAGCUACAGGGUCUUUCUCAUCACCUAGCUAUCCUAAUGAAUACACACACUCCAGGAUUUGUGAGUGGCGUAUUACUGUUCAAACUGGUCAUCUUAUUAAUCUUUACUUUGAUGACUUUGAUAUUGAAGAUGCUACAGUCUGUACCUAUGACUCAGUUAAGGUAUACAAUGGUUUAGCUGAUAAUUCUCCAUUGCUGAAUACCCUAUGUGGUUCAGACACUCCUGAUAUGAUCUCUUCAAGUGGAAAUACCAUGAGAGUGGUCUUCAGUACUGAUGGUUCUAUUGCAGGUCGAGGGUUCCAAGCUCGCUAUGAUUCAAAUGAUGCAUCAGUAUGUGGAGGUCAGAUCACAGUUGGACCUGGUGGAUCAGGAUAUAUCUUCAGUCCUCAGUAUGGUAUAGCUAACUAUUCAAACAACAUCAUGUGUGAAUGGACCUUGGGAAACUCAGCAAACACAAAUAGCUCUCUCUAUCUCACAUUUGAUGAUGGUUUUGAUCUGGAAUCUCACAGCACUUGCUCAUUUGACUACCUUCAGCUUUUUGAAGGACCUGAUGGCAGUGGUGUAGAGUUGGAAAGGUUCUGUGGUAGAACAGCUCCCAAUCCAUACUUUAUCCCAUUUCAAACAACUUUCUUGAGAUUUAGAACUGAUGGAAGUGUGGUGGGUGAAGGAUUUAGAAUGCUCUAUCAAGCAUCAGGUUGUGGUGGUAUUGUAUCUGGUACAUCUGGUGUUAUUACCAGUCCUAACUUCCCGAAUGAUUAUAACCAUGAUGACUAUUGUGCUUGGAGGAUAGAUGCUCCUGUUGGUGAAACCAUUACUUACACCUUCACUUCAUUUGAUAUUGAGACUCAUCCUAACUGUGGAUAUGACUACCUGUCUAUAAGGAAUGGGGGAUUCCCCGAUUCACCUCAAAUCUCUGGUCAAUACCCAAUCUGUGGCAGUGUAGCUCCAAGUAGCUUCACAUCAUCUGGUAACCAGCUCUUCAUCAUCUUUAAAACCGAUGAAGUCUCAUCGGGUGAAGGAUUCCGAAUGGAGUGGACAACCGUUACUAAUGGAUGUGGAGGUAAUUUCCAUGGAUCCACUGGGACCAUCCAAACACCAAACUACCCAAGAAAUUAUGAUGCUAAUGCAGAAUGUGUUUGGAGUAUCUUAACCGAGGAUUCUUUGCAUAUUAAUCUUAACUUUGAUUCAACCUAUGGACUUGGCACUGGUGAUACUAUUGAGUUCUUUGAUGGAUUUGAUGACCAGGCCCCAUCAUUAGGGCUGUUUAGUUCUUCAACUCCUACAACUCAAAUAUCCUCCACUAAUAAGAUGAUGACAGUCAAGUUCCGUAGUGAUGCCACUACUCAAGGUGUAGGCUUCAUGGCUACAUGGACUAGUGAUUGUGGAGUAGAAUUCACUGAUGUUGGUGAAGGUAUCAUACGAUCACCAGGCUAUCCUGACACAGAUUAUUCAAAUAGUUUGAACUGUGACUACAAGAUCAUUGUUGAUGCAACUAUACCUCUUGUCAUGAAUUUUGAUGAACAAUUUGAUAUUGAGAGUCAUGGUACAUGUGCAUAUGAUGGAUUACGUGUGUAUUCUGGUAGUGAUGACCAAGGCACCCUAUUAGGUACCUAUUGUGGAACGUCUAAACCAUCAGACUUUGAAGUGACAGGACCAGUCUUCAUCAACUUCUAUACUGAUAGCAGUGUUACUGGAAGUGGAUUCAAACUCAACUUUGAACAAGGUUGUGGUGGAGAGUUUACAGCUGAUUCUGGUCUUAUAUCAACCCCACCUCAUCUAUUAUCAUACAAGAAUGAUCAAAACUGUACUUGGCUCAUCACAGUAGAUUCAUCAAAGAAUGUUGAAUUCAAAUUUAACACUUUUGACUUAGAAUACCACAGUUCAUGUGUGUAUGACUAUGUGCAGCUGUUUGAUGGUGAUGAUUUCAGUACACCCCUUACUCAACCUCUAUGUGGUGCAACCGUUCCACAAGGAUUCUUUUACAGUACCAGUAAUACUAUGCUAAUCAAUAUGAUUACUGACCAAAGCGUUACUCAGGCUGGAUUCUCAGGAGCAUAUCUAGCAACCUAUGGUCCAAGUCAGGGAUGUGGAGGAUCAAUGACUACAGCAUCAGGUACCAUCACAGACUUUGAUGUAGAUAAUAAUGGACAAUAUGAGAACUCUGUAGACUGUAAGACACAGGUUAUUUUACCUGAUAUCAACAUGGCUGUUCGUAUCACCUUCACUGGUUCAUUUAAUAUCCAGGAUUCAACAGACUGUACCAAUGACUAUAUAGAGAUCCAUGAUGGAGUGGGUUCAGAAUCUCCUCUUGUUGGUCGUUUCUGUGGUAGUUCUGUCCCAGAUGAUGUAACGUUAUCAGGGAACCAAGCCUAUGUUGUUUUCCAUACCAAUGAUGCUGUAACUAGCUCAGGAUUCACCCUCCAGUAUUCAUCUGUUCCUUUACCAUGUGGCGGAGUCUUCUAUGCAACAACAUUAGUACAGACGAUAACAACACCAAACUAUCCAAAUAACUAUCCAGUAAAUCAGCGAUGUAGUUGGGUCAUUGAUGCUACUAAUGCCACUAAUAGAGUUCGUUUGGAAACCACCGAUUUCAAUGUUGAAGUUGAAGAUGAUUGCACCAAUGAUUAUGUUGAGUUCAGAGAUCAGCCUGUGGGAUUAGAAGGUAGAGUUUUGAGGUACUGUGGGUCAAGCCUGCCACCCAUCUUUGAUUCCAGUGGACAAACUGUCAAGGUUUACUUCUACUCUGAUUCUUCUGCUACUACAACAGCUAAAGGAUUCUCUUUGGAUUACUCCAUAGCAGAUUGCAACCGGAAUUACAACCAAACCCAUGGCACGAUUAUGACACCAGGCUACCCAAGGGUGUAUAGUAACUAUCAUAACUGUAGCAUGCAGGUUACCAGUCCUGUAGGAACUUUCCUAUCUCUUUACUUCAAUCAUUUCGAUGUAGAGGCUCAUUCAAGCUGUGCCUAUGAUAGUGUGACGGUAUAUAAUGGCUCGGAUGCUAAUGCUCCUGUGAUAGGCACAUACUGCGGUGAUAUCCUUCCUUCUCCAAUCUUUGCUAGUUCAAAUGAACUAUUCAUAAGAUUUAUAACAGAUCUUUCAGUGACUCGUGGUGGAUUUGAUGCCUCUUUCACAUCAUCUACUGUACAAGGGUGUGGAGGUAAACUAAGUGGUCGACAUGGUAGUUUUACAAGUCCUAUGCACCCUGCUGUCUAUCCUAUCAGUCAAACAUGUGAAUGGAUGAUAACAGUACCAGCAGGAGGUCAACCUGUUACACUAUCAUUCACUACUUUCAACAUAGAAGGUAGUGAAGGAGUGUGUAGUGAAGAUGUUCUUGAGGUCUAUGAUGGUGUGGAUGCUACCGCUACCCUUAGAGGGCGCUAUUGUGGCACAUCACCCCCUGCUGACAUUGUUGCUUCAGGCAGAGAUCUCUUUGUGAGGUUUACAACCAAUGCACAAAAUCCUACAGGAGAUUAUCAAUAUACAGGAUUCAGAGCAACGUAUGACAGCUGAGAAAUCUCAAGAAUGUAAUUUUCGUUGCUUGGCAUUCUGCAAUCAAUGCAUCUUCAUCUAAUCAUAUAAGUGAGAUAUUCGACAGAAAGGACAAUGCUUGAUUCAAACAUUCCUGUCGUCUUCCAUACUGGAUCAAUACCGUCUCAUUGACAUAUAUGCAUGUUUAUAUUGGUAGUGUAUGUAGCAUUAACUUGUUCACACAAAUCAAAUGCAGUUGUGAGAGAAAAGUGUAUGAUAUGAUAAAGUACUAUAAUGUUAAUAAUUGUUUUUUUUAUUCAUGGAGAAUUCUAUUGUACAUGAAUGAUUAUUAAAAAGUAUAUUGUAAAUGAAGUGAGAAAAUAUAUUUUGAUAUGUGUGUCAAGUGUAUAGUGUCUUCUUCAAUCAUUUACAUAGAUGUUUAUCAAAGAAUAUAUUUGUUAUAUGAUAUGCAUUCUGCAUGUUACAUAUUCUCUAUGUGUGCUUCCUUUACUUACUGUUGAUCAUGUAACCAAAAAUAAACAUACUUAUAUUAUUUUCAGUUGUGAAAUACUUAGUUUCAUGAUAAAAAGAAAGACUGAUUUGCAAAUAGUAAACACCAUCUAUAGGCUUAAAGUGUGCUUUAUCAUUCUGAUAUUUAAAACAAAGAGUGCUUCCAUAUCUUGCAUUUUAAUAAGAUUAAACAUGUCGUAAAUACAAAGUUCUAAGUGUGCUUUACCAUUCUACUAUGCAAAACCAAAUAACCAUUUGCCUUGAUAACAUUCAGUAUUGUAUGUAGCCAAUUUUUGUUACAAAUUCUGGUGUACUUUAUUUCAUAUACAAUGUAUUCAGUUCAAGUAUUCAGGAACAAUACCAAAGUGUGCUUACUAAUUGGGUGUUUUUCCUCCCUUAAUUUUUUUAAAUAUUAUUAUCAAAUGUUUUAAAUAGCUAAAGCCAAAUAUAGGUGUAAUUUAAAAAGGGGAAUCCUUUGCUUGUGCAUGCUUCCAUAUUCAAUGAAUAGUAAUUUUUUUUAUGACAAAUAACUCACAUCACUUGUAGAGUUAAACGUUCUUAUCGUGUGGGAAGGGGGGGGGGUAUUUGGAUCUCAGAAAGAAAAAAAUAAUAAAUUGUUGCAUUAUAAUUGAUUAUAACAUAGAAUUUGUAAAUACAGUAGUAAAGUAUUAGUUCCUAAUAUGACUUUGAAUUGAAGUUUGAUUCCAAUGCCAGAUAUAAUCACUGAAUAUUAAUGCUGUUUUCAGAAGUGGUAUUAUUUCUAAUGGUCAAGAUUUACAGAGUUUUUUUAAGAUCAAUGACUUUGCAUACGUAGGAGUGUAAUCUAUUGAGAAAGCUUGAAUUCUGGGUUGUUGAUUAUGGCAGUUUAGUAAAACCAUGGAGCUAUUAAAACAGAGGCUGAGACAGGUGUAUAUGCAUUUUUGCUAAAUAAUGCUAGAUUAAUUCUUUUUAUGUCUCCACCCACUGAAAGUGUCUCAGAAAGCAUUAUGUCUUGGGGUCAUAUGUCCAUCCAUCCCUUGUUACCAUUUUCAUUCUCACAAUAACUUAUAUAUUAUAUGACAAAUCGCUUUCAGACUUUGCUCAUGCGAUAACCUGAAAAUAGAUUUUUCAAUGCGAAAAUAAUAAAUUCAGGGAUUUACAUUUGAAAAUUUGUGUUGUAUAUUAGGGUUGUGUUUGAUUGCAGUUCUUUCUGCAAUGAACCCACCACAAUGUCAAAGGUCAUGGGGGUCAUAGUUCAUUUGCACAAUAACUUGUAGAACCAAUGGAUAAUUAACAUUUAUUUUUCUUCAUGUAUAUCAUGAUAAUUGGCAUUGGUUUAGGCAUACAUCUUUAACUGUGCAAAGUCCCCAAGUCCAUCCAGUUUUAAAUUAGAAUAGAAAUCACAUCAUCUAAACUUUGAACAUUAAUUGUCUCUCAUUGUUUUCAUAAUCUAUUUACCAUAUAGAUGUAAUUACAAUUUUUCCAAUCGGUAUAAUUUGUUUGUUUGUGUUUUUUUUUUGCUAAAUAUGUCUUUCUCAUGAUUUUUUUUUACUCUGAUACAUUUGAUUUCAAUUUAUUGAAAGAUAGACUCAUAUGGUAUGUAAUAACAACAUGCAAUGGGUAGGAUAUAAACAAACUGUCUUUCUAUAACAUAGAAAGAAUUUAUAUCACUUACUUUUGCUGUGCUGUGACUAUUACAGGAUUUCAAUGUAUUGUAUAUGAACUACAAUGCCCAAUGUAUUGCUGAUGCACUGUCAACAGCGUCCAAGAAGAAUUUGUUAUCUGAGUAUUCCCAAAAUCUGUUAGGUAGUGGUUUCUUUUUAACUCUGUCCAGUGUACAUGAUCAGCUGAUGAUGACUAAUUAUUAUCAAUGAACAUCAUUUGACAAUUAUUCACAUUCUUAAUUUAAGUACCAAAACACUUGAUGCUUUCAAUUAAGCAAAUUUCUUUCUUUUCUUUUUUCAUAUUUUGAGGAAGAACAAUUGUGAUUGCCUGUGUGUAUUCCCAUGUACUAUUUUUCUAAAUAUGAAACUAAUAGAUCAAAGUACAAAAUGUACCAUCAGUACCUCUUUAUGCAGUGAAUAUCUUUUCUACAAUUUUUUUUUUACAAAAUUGUGAAUGUAAUGAUAAAAAAAUGUAUUUUGAUAAUGUAUUCAAUUGUAAUGCUUCUCUUAAAUUGAAUCUGUCUUUUAUAUACUGUUGUUGAGAUUAAGUUGUAGUAUAAUGAAGUUACAUGUGUUAAUGUGAUAUGUGUAUUAAGCUCAUAUUAGACCCAAGGAAAAGGAGCAAAAUCUAUGCAGGUGUGCUUAUUUUAGACUUGUAUUGUUCUUCAUGUGGAAUUGCUAUAGUCUGUAUUGAUUACAAACCAGUGAAAUAUAUGUGAUUAGAUUGGAAAGGGGUCAUUCGAUUGCAAAAAAAAAAAAUGUUUCAUCUGAGUAUAAAUAGAAAUAAAGGGGUUUCCCCAAUUUCAAUGCACUCCUGUGAAUAUUUUCAAACCAUCCUCUCAUUCUUUGAUUACCCUCGUCUGAGGAAUAUUCCUUUAGAAUUUAUGAGUAGACCCUUAAAAUAACCAAAUGCACGAUAGAUUGACUUUAAGACACCUGGAAUGAAGGUAAUUUGAAUUUCUACCUGUUCAUUUCACACAAAAAUUAAACCUUUUUUAUUCUGUCCUAGCAUAGAAUUUUUGAAAAAAUUGUAUUUCGUGUAUAUGUUUCCAUUAUCUGUGCUUAGAAGUGACAUAGCAUUUGACAAAUCAUUAAAGAACAUUACUUGUCUGUUUUUGAAGAGAUAAAU